CCUCAGAUUGCAAUCAGUGGUGGUCCUCUAUGGAGGAAAACACACUCAAAACAAGUUGUGUAAAAAACAAUUGGGCAAUAUCACUUCAUUUGACAACUGGUUCUUGGCUAAUCAUCCGUCGGUACAUCUGGGGGCAAAUAACUCAACUAUUUAGCAGUAAAGGCACAACAGUGCAGUUGAUGAUACGGGAAUCUUUGGGUGAAUUUUGUCCACUAACCUUCCGUUCAUAAUCUGUAAAUGUCUGAACUGCCGCUGAAAUGAUGGAGGGAUCUCGGGCGUUUGCUUCGUGUGCCGACCUGACAAACAGAUUUCCAGAUAUGGAAAAUGUGGAAUUUAAAGCCAGUUUCGUUUUCAAAGGAUAUAAGCACAAAUAUGAGGUACGGGAGGAAGGAAGGAGCAGGCUGCAGAGAGCAGGGCGUGCUCUGACAAAACCACUCCUGAGUCUCCUCACCGAUCCUAAGCCGAGACACACGCUCCGAGCACACGGCAGGCCUGGCGUUUCCCCUCCGCCGGUGCCUCAGAGGGGCCAGUCACUCGACGUCAACGGGGACGUAGUGGCUAGGAGAGCUCCACAAGACCCUCUCCCACUUCCUCCAGUUCACGAGGCUCCCAAUACCAACCCUGGUCAAUCGUUCGCCGAUGAGAUCCCCACACGUUCGCGCUCACACAACGAAAUCGAGGGAGUGCCGCUGGCCUCCGGUACCAGCACUGUCGAAAGCACGACCCCACCGCCAGUGCCUCCGAGGGACCACCGUUUGCGUUUCUACACGCAGCGCGAGAAGGCUAGGGACCACACGGACACAAAAGCAAUGACAGUCCCCCUUCCACAGGCUUCCAUCACCGAGACCCGGGCAGUGUUCCCCGCAGAAAUCUCCCCAUGUCUACACUCACACCACGGCAACAAUGAACCCGUGUGUAGGCCAAGGACCACCCGUGCCAACGAUUUCGAAAGCACGACCCAAGGCUCUUGUGGAAGAAAGCAAAUCCCUGGCCCACCCUCCCCGUCCCAGGCACACGUAAGUAGGCACACGUGUGAUCACGACAACAUUAAGCACGGCGGGUACACUUACGGCAUGUGUUUCCCUGAGGAGCUGCAAAGCCAGCCCGAGGCUGUGAGGGGUUACUCGUCAUCCGAUGAGGAUCUGUACGCCAAGGAGAGCGAUGAGACAUACGACAAGAUGAAGCAGUUACGAGCCCUCCAAAGGCAACGGGCCCCCGUCCCCUCACUCUCGGCAGACCUUUUGGGCACGCAGUCAGCUGAGGAUGAAAUAUCCAGCGAUGAGCAGUAUGCCAUUUCAUCCUGCCCUCCAGGGAAACAAUGGCAAACAAUCUCCGUACAACAACUCACAGGUGUACCUAUCUUUUAUGUCUGAUCUUAAAUUUGAGAGCUGAAAUCCACGUCAUCUGAUAGCGUUUGACCUGUAAGAGUUUGAAAACAAUGCGAUAUCGACCCAAACACCAAUUAGGUUUGCACAUAAAGCAGUUCAAUUCAGUGGAACAAAAUAUUACCAAUAUACACAGACCAUAUUGGACUCACGCCAACUUUAUGCAUAUUCUGUAACGUUGUUUACCGAACUCCGAAACCGACUAAAACAGCUCUGCAAAUUCACAAUGGCGGUGUUCCAGCCUGAUCCUCAAUGGCUGUCUAUAUAUAUUGAAAAAUGGGCAGAACGUUGUGUCGCGAAAUGUGGACUUUUGUCAGCAGCCUUAAAAAUGGGCGUCCAUGUUUCGAUAUUUGGUGCUAUUUCACACCUGCCCAAACUGGUUCAUACACCGGUUUGGGCGGCCAAUAGCUAUGGGGAUAACCAAGAAAAAGCCGAGUUGUUUUCACUGAAUGCGUGGAAGGUAUUUCAGGUCAAUGCGAUGUGUUUCUUUUUGACAUGCAACCAUUGCAUAGGUUUUAUGUACUUGUGUUCCAUCGCAUUUCAAAAAUGUGUCGCCUAAGCUAAUUGAAAUUUGCAUGUUUAUGAUCCAACGUGUUAUGUUCUAGGUACAUGGAAAUCUUUAGUGUUCUGAGCAUUACUGGGAAAAUAUACACAAAUAAAAACUGUUGUCUGCCGCGGCAUCACGAGAUCGCGUCCAUGGUUGUUGUAAAUGAAUAAGAAGUACACUUUAACGUCAUCAAAUCAUAGUUUGCUGCCCCCAUGAUACUCGGUUACGCUUACUGAUAGAGCUGUGCAGUGUACAGUAUUGAUGGAAAGCCCCUCAGCGUUUCCAUUCAGAUUUCAGUGAAAAGAAUCAUCGGGCCUUUAAUUCUCUCUUUUUGUAAGGUACCCAAUACCUACGUUGGACUGUACGCUGUGUCGCAAUGCUGGAGCGAAGUCCCUGGGGAUUUUUUUAAGGGGGGGAUUUUUUUCAUCUAUUUGUAAAAUGAAACCGGCUGACUAUAACAUUCAAUCUAUAUUGUCCAGUUCCCCAUCAUAUCUGUUAUACAUUUAAUUUUACCUUUUUUAAAUUCUUGCUAGCAGUUCUUGCCUUGAUUCACUAGUGAUGUUUUUACAUGAGCAGUCAUAGCAUGACAGUCGUCAAAGCGUUCUUGAGUGGCAUGAUACCUCAUAAAUUUCCAAAGAUAUAAGCACACGGUUUCUGUGCUUGUUUCCUCCUAAACUUGCCUUAGCUUUUGCUAAAUGGCAGCGUUCAGAGUUCAAUUUCAUACCAGUCACUUUUGCAACUUUGCUAACUUAUUUUUCUUCCAGGUGUUGAAGCAUUUCUGUGUCAUCUCAGAAACAAUCGGGCUCAGCCGAUUAAUUGACAACAAGGGUGAAAGUGAUCUUUUGUAGGUCAAAUUCAAAACCGGUUAAAUUUGUCUCGAGGAGCUGGGAACACAUCAAAGCCACGGUGAAUUUUGGUCAUUUCAAAAGAUCAGUGAUCGAUCUUUUUCAAUAUCUGUCCAUUUGUCAGAUUUGAACUCGUCAUCACGAACUGAUGGUCAUGUGCGUGUUUUAAAGGACUGAAUUAGUCUUUGUUCUAUCGAUUUCAAGAAUGCCUCAAACAAGUUCAUAGAAUGAUGUACAAUUUUGUCACUGUAUUGCAAGUCAAACAAGUUGUAGGUUGAACAACCAAUCUAUACCACAAGAAGAUCUGAAUCGAUUCUGUGCGAAUGAUAUUGGAGUACGAAUGCAUUUUCUUGCAUCAAUUUGAAGGUUAAUAUAAAGAUUUAUCGGGCUACUCUCAGAUGUUGACCCAUAAAAUUGGAAGUACAUGGAAGUACGGCAAGUGUACAUAUUUUUAAUUACGAUAUAUAGACCUAUACAACAAAAUGUUAACCAUAUACAAACUGUUAUCUGAUAUUAAAAGUAGAAAUGAAUGUAAUCACGAAAGCCGACAUUAACAGAAAAUAAUAUACAAUCAUGUGACGAACUCAAAUGAUGUUUGUUUAACAUUGAUAGACAAAGAAUGAGGAAAAAGGUUGUCAUAUUCGUUUGGCGAUUAGGGACUGAGCGUUCACUAAGAGGUAAGGUAAAUGUAUAAAAUUGUUUGAACAAAAAGCAAAUAUGAGUGACUAGAGUAGAAAUCAAACACAAAUGAGAGGUUAGAAAUUUUCGAAACAAAUUUGAAAUUAAGCCAUUUAUGAUUUGAGCGAAAAGGUUUCGAAAGGUGCGGCAAAGUUACAUAAACAAGCACAUGCACAAUGUUCUUUUUGUUUUCAAACAAAUAAAAACGUGCCUGAUAUAGCAUUACAACAUAUUUGAAAACGUAAAUGAAACACUGUUUUCCUCUGGUUACCUUUUCUGUGAGAGGAAUAAGUCGUAUUUUUUAAGAAAACAGCUCUAGAGAAAUAGGCCUUACUUUGGAAUUUUAGAAAAGGGACAGAGAUAGAGGAAGAGAUGUUUUCUU